AGUACAGGAGUAGGAAACAUGGUCACCACACCAAUAAUCGUUUGUUAGAACUGAGAACUUACCUUAAAAUUGGAAUUCUCUUUCUGUUCAUCCAGCAAUGAGUCUCUGCAAAGAAUUUGAAACAACCAGGAAAAGUGUUCCGUGUUUAUCGUGUGAUCAGUAUUUCUCUGAACAAUAUUAAUCCAUAGGGUUCAGUCAUGGUUCGGAAGGGCCAUGAAAAGAAUCAAACUUAAGGUGAAAAAACCGAAUCCGUUGUUUGAACUUUGGUUAGAGGAAUGGAGGGAAGAAGCUGCGUCGAAAAAUUCGGACUUGCAAAAGCAAUUUUCGAAAGCUCUCACAUCGUUGAGGAAGUAUCCUUUGCCUCUGAAGUCUGGGAGGGAUUGUAUAAUAUUACAGCACUUUGGUACAAAAUUAUGUUUGAUGCUGGAUAGGAAACUCGAAGAGUAUAAAGCCCGAACCAAAGGUUCGACGAGUACGAGUACCAACGAUAUUGAUUGUAACGCCGGUGAACAGCUCGGAGGAAAAUUUGAAUCUGAACGAAACGUUCUACUAGAUACUACAGAUGAAGAGGCUGACAAUUCGGAGGAACCUUUCAGAUUGUACAAGUCCAAUUCUGCUGAGCUCAUUACCGACAAAUGUUUCGAGCAGCAGCCAGUCGUCAGAGAUCGGGAUCGCAAAGGACAGAAUUCCAAGCAAAAUGUAGCGGGAAAACUACGGGAGAGAACAAAAUCGGCAAAGAAUUUAGAUCCACAUAUAGAGGAUAAUGAUGAAAUGGAUUCUCUCGAUACUUUUAAACGGAACGCUUACUUUAAGACGAACAAAUUUGACAUAAUAUUACUGGUGGAUACUCAGGAAAUUUGUGGUGGUAAGACGAAACCUGAGAACGACGCUACCAUAGUGGAGUUAACGGAGCUUGGUGUAUCGUUUGAGGUACGACAUUUGAAAGUUGGCGACUUCGCAUGGAUCGCUAGAUGCAGAAACACGAACAGAGAAUUGGUUUUACCUUACGUCGUGGAGAGAAAACGAAUAGACGAUUUAAGUGCAAGCAUCACGGAUGGGAGGUUCCACGAGCAGAAAUUCAGAUUGAAACAGUCUGGGAUUCAAAAUCUGAUGUACGUGAUCGAGGAAUACGAGAAAGGUCGUAGAUUAGCGAUACCGCAUUCGUCGUUGAUGCAGGCUUCCAUCAAUACUCUGAUACAGGAUGGUUUUUCAGUGAAAUAUACUAGGUCCCAUAAAGAUUCUAUGUUCUACCUGUCGUCGCUGUCUCGUAUUUUAAUUACAAUUUUUAAAGAGAAGAAUUUGUCUGUCUGUAAGAAAGAAGAUAUUGCACAAAUUGAUAUUUUAAAUGAUAAUUUUAGCAUGAUGGAAUUCGAAGAAUUCAAUAAAGCGGCAUCCAAGCAAAAGGUGUUUAAAGUGAACGAAAUGUUUGUUCGCCAUUUGCUGCAACUGAAGGGUAUGAGUAUAGAGAAAGCCGCAGCGAUCGUGGAUCGUUAUCCGAGUCCGCGAGCAUUGAUCGAAGCGUUUCGACGAAAAUCUUCCGACGCCGGAUUAUUGUUGGCGACUAUCGACUUCGGUGAUAAAAAACGUCUUAUCGGACCAGCGAUCAGUCAAACAAUUCAUCAAUUGUACACAAAAAGGAAGUUCGAUUGAAAUUUCACAUAAAUCACAAUUGUUCGCCAUUCGUUCCCCAGGUGCUCGUUCGCCAUCUGGACGAGAUGCGAGAGAGUUAAAAAAAGAACUUGGACCGUCCAACUCAAUAUAUGUAUCUCUCUUAUUACUGUUGUGACGAAUGUUGAUAUAAUUCACGAAUAAUAUUAGAAAAAAGUGUAAAUUA